UACAGUUCUUGUGGAAGAUAUCUCCAGGCAAACAGAGCAGUCGUUUGGGACACGGGGUUAAUGCCAAUGGAGAUCUGUGACCCCUGAGUUAGCUCUCCGCUUGCGGUGGCUCGCGGUCUACGAAGGCGUUACACUGUUUGAGUCAUGGAAAACCAAUGCCUGCGGCAGGAAACACAUGCCAGCGCGCUGGCUUUGUGGAUGGUGGAGACCAAGGAGGAAAUUAUUCUCUCUGGUUUAACAGCUUGCCCUGGUCCUGGUUACUGCAAGUGGAGAAAUGGUAGCGUGGCUCUUUUGGGAUGUUACACUUGGAGAACCAUGCCCCCGGCAUUUGCAAAGCCAUUCCAGAUGUAUCAAUCAAUACGGUUGAGUCUUAUCAUCGUCCACGAUCUGUCUUCUUUUGCUUACAUGUCACCUUCCGCUUCGCAGGUUUCAGUAUCUUCUGAUGGAUGCUCAAAAGCUGGUACUUUCACCUAUUCAAUUUUUGUUUCUUUGUUUGGAUUCUUGCUCUCUAAUCAUCCCAUCGACACUGGCGGUUAACACACCCGAUUCCAGACCAGCAAGCGGUAGAACGAAGCUCGAUUUAUAACCUU